AUGCCGAUUGAUAGUAAUACUAUGCUUGCGGGAACGCUGCAGACUGAUCCUCGCUCGGGCGGUCUUAAACGCAGCAGCGGGGUAAACGUCCAUGCAAUCGUCGCAGAAACCUGGGCCGAGGUCCGAGACGAUGGAAACACCCAGGUUGAUUGGAUGAUUGCUAGCUACGAAAGUGGGAGUAAGUCGGAUAUCACGGUCGUUGCCAAAGGUAACGGGGGUGCCUCCGCCUGUGCAGAUGCUUUACCCGAACUCGAGCCUGCAUUUGGUGGAUGCCGUAUGAGUAACGGCCGGUUUACUGGCUUUUACUACUGCCCGGAAGCUUGUUCCGCCAUGAAAAAGGGUAGGGCGUCCAUGCACAAGAAUGGUGUCCUGAAUGUAUUGGAAGGUCGUGAUGGUGAGAUCAAAAUGGCGCCGGGUUUCAGCGAGUAA